AUGCCCACCAUGGAUUCCACAGGGCAGGUUUUACAGGCCAUCGGGGCUCUAACACAGCGCAUCGACGGCCAUUUUGCCGAGCUUGGUCAGCAGUUUGGCAGAAUUGAUCAUCAGUUUGGUGAGGUUCAUAAGCAUUUUGAUACCGCCAGUAUUCCCAACCGUCCGGGGGCCCGGUGGGGCCCUACGGGGGGAUUGCCAAGAGCCCCGGACGGGACGGGACGGCCAUGUGCAGUCCUUCCCGGGCGGUGAAAGUAGAGGACGGCCGUAUUCCGGUAGGACGGCGGGCCCUACGGGGUGAAAUAGGGUUGGCAAGGGGGGCGGUGGGGGACCUCUGGGGACCGUGGGCCACUACCAUGGACGGCAGGGGACUGUCGGGGACUGCGGAACUAUUGUUUUGUCAGUAAGAUAUCAGGCAGUAGGACCGCAGUCCCCUGUAGUCCGUCCUGGAACUGCCAAACGGACGGACUACCAGCUAUAGCCCGUCCCAUCCUAUCCCAAUGACGGACGGACUGGACGGUUGGGAACACUGGAUACCGCCGACAAGUGUUUUGAGACCAUUGAUCAGUGUUUCGCUGGUGUCAAUCAGCGUUUUGAUGCAAUCGAUGAGCGUUUCACUCAUGUCGACCAGCGUCUCGCUCACAUCGGUGAUCGCUUGGAUGACAUUGAGGACCGUUUGGACGAAGGGGUGGUGGAGACCCGUUUUGAUGAAGUCAAUGACCGUUUCGACGGAAUUGAUCGCUCUUUCGAUGAAGUUACUAUCCGCCUUGACGCUAGGUGUGGGGAGUGUUUCUUCCAUUUAUUUAAUGACAUCAAGGCUAAUUGUUUUGCUUAGUGAUUUCAAUUGGCUUUCUCGCCUUCAUAACAGUUACGCCAAUCAUCCCUGGUUACCCUUGAGUCCUCUCCGGGCUCCGGUCAAUCGACGUAUCCCAGACUUCCCUCAAACCAGAGCCGCCAUUGAUGCCCUUGACGGUCAGCUGCAAGACCUCCUGCCCUGGUAG